AUGGCAGGAGGGUCGUUUGGUCCGACCGGUGUGGCUAAAGAAAGAGCAGAACAAUACCAAGGGAAAGUCACUAGCUAUGUCAUCAUCGCUUGCCUUGUUGCAGCCAUCGGUGGAUCCAUCUUUGGAUAUGACAUUGGAGUCUCAGGAGGAGUCACAUCAAUGGAUGAGUUCCUUGAGGAGUUUUUCCACACAGUGUAUGAGAAGAAGAAACAUGCACAUGAGAGUAACUACUGCAAAUAUGACAAUCAGGGAUUAGCUGCUUUCACUUCUUCACUCUACUUGGCUGGUUUGGUUUCCACUCUGGUGGCUUCACCCAUCACUAGGAACUAUGGAAGGCGUGCGAGUAUUGUCUGUGGUGGAAUCAGCUUUCUUCUUGGAGCUGCUUUGAACGCUGGAGCUGUUAACUUAGCUAUGCUUCUCGCCGGAAGGAUCUUGCUCGGUGUUGGCAUUGGCUUUGGCAAUCAGGCGGUUCCUUUGUAUUUAUCAGAAGUGGCACCAACGCAUCUACGAGGAGGUUUAAACAUGAUGUUUCAGUUAGCUACAACGCUAGGGAUCUUCACGGCGAAUAUGGUCAACUUCGGUACUCAAAAGCUUAAGCCUUGGGGAUGGAGACUCUCUCUAGGUUUAGCUGCUUUCCCUGCUCUGCUCAUGACUCUCGGAGGUUACUUCUUACCGGAGACUCCCAACAGCUUGGUCGAGAGAGGACUGACGGAGAGAGGAAGACGAGUUCUUGUGAAGCUAAGAGGAACGGAAAACGUGGACGCCGAGCUUCAAGACAUGGUGGACGCGAGCGAGCUAGCGAAUUCGAUCAAACAUCCGUUUAGGAACAUUCUCCAGAGACGACACAGGCCUCAGCUAGUAAUGGCGAUCUUCAUGCCAAUGUUUCAGAUCCUCACAGGGAUUAACUCAAUCCUCUUCUACGCUCCUGUUCUGUUCCAGACAAUGGGGUUUGGAGGAAACGCUUCUCUCUACUCAUCAGCUCUAACAGGAGCUGUUCUCGUCCUCUCAACAUUGGUUUCAAUAGCGUUAGUGGACAAAUUAGGACGAAGAGCUCUUCUCAUCAGCGGAGGAUUGCAAAUGAUAAUAUGUCAAGUCAUAGUUGCAGUGAUCUUGGGAGUGAAGUUUGGAGACAACCAAGAGCUAUCAAAAGGCUACUCAAUGGUUGUAGUCAUCUUCAUUUGCCUCUUUGUGAUAGCGUUUGGAUGGUCUUGGGGACCGCUCGGAUGGACCAUACCUAGCGAGAUCUUCCCGUUGGAGACUCGUUCAGCGGGACAGAGCAUAACGGUUGCUGUGAAUCUCCUCUUCACUUUCAUCAUAGCUCAAGCUUUCUUGGCUCUGCUCUGUGCAUUCAAGUUUGGGAUUUUCCUCUUCUUUGCUGGUUGGGUCUCUGUGAUGACGAUCUUUGUGUAUUUCCUGUUGCCUGAGACUAAAGGAGUGCCGAUUGAAGAGAUGUCACUCUUGUGGAAGAAACAUUGGUUCUGGAAAAAAGUGUUACCUGCAGCAACAAAUCUUCAAGUUGAGGAGAGCAACAAUGAGGCAAAUAGUUCAGUGUAG